AAAUCGUUUGAGGAAGAUGAAAAUACAGAUGAAGAGCACGACAAAGAUAGGGAAUCCACAGAAGACGUUGAGGAUGAAAACGAUGAGGAAUUUCCCAUUCAAAACAAAGCAGACGAAUACCGAAAGUCAGAUGUUAAGGAUAAUGAGUCCUCUGGGGACGAACAAGACGUCCAUAAAAAUGAGGAAGACCAUAAGGAAUCCUCAGAAGACGCAGACAAAUCUCGCAUUGGCGACGACAUUGAAUCAUCUGGAGAAGGUGAAGAAACAGACCAUGAGAAAAAAGAAGCAGUGAAUAUUAAAUCGUUUGAGGAAGAUAAAAAUAAACAUGAGAAAGAACGAAAAAAAGAAAAGGAAUCCUCAGAAGAAAAUGAAAUGAAUAAACAGCCAGAAAAAUACUUGGGAAAGGAAAAAGAAGAGGAAACGAAUGAUGAAGAAGAAAUCGAAGAGGAGGAAGAAAAAGAAAAAGAGAAAGAAAGGGGGAUCAAAGAAGAAAACUCAGAAAAAGAAAAAGGGACUGAAGAAAGAGAAGAAACAAAGGAU